GCUCAGCUUAAAAAGAGUGACUUAAAAGAUCCUGGAUAGAGAAAUGCGCCUUUCAGCCUUUUAGAUUUACCAAUGCGGCGAGAUAAAGUUCAUAAUUUGUAAGUAAUCGGCAAUGGCGCUAGGGUCAACGCGAGAAUGGCGCCAAGAGGUCGCCAUUUUUACGAAACUUUGGCAGUACUGUAAAUCGAGAAGGCUGUGGCUAGCGAGAUUUCCUGUAAACGGCGUGCGCUCACCGGAAAAACCGAGGAAAUAACGGUAAAACCCAAUAAUAAUGGGCCACCCGGAGCCCCGCUUUUUGGAGAAAACUCAGGCCUACAUCUGACUGUUAUGGGUUAUCAGCUUUUAGCCCAUACCAAAAAGGGGACUAAACGGAAAGCACUAACAUGCAGGCCGAAAGCAUUUGCAGCAACGACAUCGAAGGGCUCGACCCGGACACACUUAUUCCGGUGGAAAUCCUUUCAUGCGACGUGACGCAGCGGUCAAGGGGACAAGAUGCCUUAUCGAUAGUUGAACUAGGAAAACAGCUUCUGCUUAGUGCACGAAAUGGAGAUACGGAAACUGUCCGUGAUCUCAUGUGCAGAGGUGCACCUUUUACUACAGAUUGGCUUGGUACGAGUGCAUUGCAUUUAGCGGCACAAAAUAAUCAUAUUGAGACUGCAGAAGUGUUAUUAAGAGCUGGAAUUUCAAGAGAUGCAAGAACAAAGGUGGAUCGCACGCCUUUACAUAUGGCUGCAUACGAAGGUCAUCAUCAGAUGGCCCAAUUACUUCUGAAUUAUGGAGCUGAUGUUGAUAGUAGAGAUAUGCUAAAAAUGACACCAUUACAUUGGGCUGUGGAACGUGAACACGUGGAAGUCAUGCAUAUCUUACUAGAGCAUGGAGCAGACCCUAAUGCUACUAGCAAGUUUGACAAGACACCUAUCAGUCUUGCUCUGGAACAUGACCGAUUAGAUUUUGUAGAUAUUCUACAGCAAGAGAGAGAAAUACUGAAUGUUCAAUCACAGCAACAAAAUCAAGCGAGUUCAGCAGAACUUGAAGUAGCUACCCAUAACUUAAUGAAAUUAGAAGCGGAAAGACAAGAGGAACAGCAACGAUCUGAUGUACAACAAAAACGAAAAGUUACCCCAGUGCAAGUCACGAAAAAGUCACGAAUGAUGUUUCAACCAAUUCAUGUAUCAUCGGUUAAUGAUGAAGAUCGAGAAAAGAAUCUUGACAAUAUUAGUAUAUCUGACAAUGUAAGCCGGAGCAGUAGUAAUAAGCACAAAGAUGGCUCAGGAAUUGCAGGAAUGGAUCAACCAUUACGCUUACUGCAAGCUCAUGGUAUAACAAUGAUUCCUGUGGAUAAUGAUGCAACGAUAGUAGAGAAUGCCGUAGAAAGUGGGCAAACUGUUGUUCUUACGGAAGCUGGUAAGCUGGCAUUAAAUCUAACAAAAACACCAUCAGGUGUAAAACGACUACAAGUUGGGACCAGAAUAAAUACUCCAAGGAAAGUGAUUGCGAUUCGUGCUGAUCAAAUAAUAGGUCAAAACACGCCUAGCCUCACACCUAGAGGUCCCAAUAUUCUUAAGAGAACUUCCAGUGACAAUAAAUCAGGAAAACUAUUUUUAGCUUCACUUGCCAAUAAUACAUCGGCAACACCUAUCUUGGCACAGGCCAAAAAUAUCGUUUCUUCGGCAAAGAAUAAAAUUAUAAAUUCAUCAACGAUGACGUCGGAACCAAUGAUUCUACAUUUAGACGAUGACAUAGAAGAGAUCACCGAAGAAGAUAAUCCAGAACCUGUGAUGGACAUUGCAGUGCUUAAUCGGCAACUUGCCGAGGCACGAAGGCAAGCCGCCGAAUAUCGUAAGCAAUUACUAAAGAAAGAGGAGGAAGCGGAGAAAUACAAGCAACAGCUCAAAAUAAUUGUAGCACAAAAAGCGGCAAAGUGAUUUUAUAUCCGUACCUCGUAGUCCGGAACAACUGUUGCAGUGUUUCUAUGAACUGAACUUUUUACAUACAAAUGUUAGGACUGUCAGAAAUUGGCGCCACUAUUUGUUACUUUGAAGGCAAUCGACACUGUGUGUCGCAUGUUAAGAAACCACUGCUAACUUUAUACUAUUUUCGUAUACUGUUAAGGCUUUCGAUUUUCAUUUACUUCAGCUUAAAGGAAAUAAUUCCAAUAAGCGUAAUGCAGUAUGACAUUUUGUAUAAAUUCAUCCCACAAAUUCGUGGGAGUAACAACGCAUUUCGAACGUGAACGAAAACUGGAGUAUAUUUUAAAACAUGCAAUUGACAAUUACAUUGUUUUUGCUCCAUUCCUUUCCAAGAAAUUGCUUGUUAAGAAACUACGUAAAAUUAUUAAUACCCACUUUACAUCGCAACUAAUACUUAAUACUUUAUGAUUUUCUCAAAAGUGUUCACUAAAUUCAUUGCAUUAUCUCAACAAAACAUUUAAAUUUGAAAGACCAGAACUAUCGUAUAUAUUACGUAAGUUUUAUAAAACGUUUGGUUUCCUUAAUGAUUGAAAUGGAAGAUAAUAUUAUAUAUGUAUCGUUUUGGUCUGACAUUACAUUAUGCUCGGAUAUAUUAUACAAGCAAUGACAUCUAGAAAAUGAGACUGGAAGAAAGCAGUGAUUUGUCAAAACAAGAAUUUAUACAAACAUUGUUAAGUGCUGAAAGUGAUACAGAUUACUUAUAAUCGGCAUGCGAGUCAAAUAUACUCAGUUCAAUAUGUUACGUAACAUAUGAUAUAUCAAAUUUAUACUUUCAUGGAGGUAGAAUUAUGAAAAUUAAAUAAGUAGGCCAUAUUAUUUAAACUUUCAGUUUAUUAAUGGCGAAGAAAGGAACCAUUACUUGAAAUCAAGCAAAGGCAUCAUUGUUCAAAAUCGAAACAAUAGAAAAUUUAUAUUACUUGAAAAUAACUGAGGUCCCUUAUAUGUUACUUGAUUGGUUAUGUACAUAUUUGCUUUGCGCAAAUAUCGGUGCUUCUAUAUUAUAUGUAUUCUUAUAGGUGCAUUGUAUCAACGACAUUGCAUUUUUUUACAUUGUUUUCUUUCAUUUGUAAUACUGUACCCUAUCGAACGAAACUCUUGACAUUAUAUCUUAGAUUCCUCAUUUGUAUACUGAAAUGACUGCAAUCUCUUAUUUUAUAGAGUAAGGCAAAUAUAUUGAACUUAUUCAUAUCACUUGGUAUGGAACAUUGGUAUGAAUAAUCUCAAUAUACGGGCUUUAAACAUUUUAGAUAUGAUUAACAAAUGCAUCAACAAAAUACCAUUUGAGAUCGUAUUGGUAUGGCGAGUCUAUGAAAGUAGUAACGUAGCUGAAUUGCAGAAAAAACAAAAGAUUGCUCUCAUUGCUUUCCUUUUGACUCGUAAAUGGCUUUAAAAAGACAGUCAACAAUUACUAAAAUGAAAUACUUAAUUCCAUAAUUAUGAUUAUUUUUUAUAUUUUCCAAUUUAUUUAAGCCCAGUAAACAGUAUGAAGAAAGAUCACAGUACUAAGUAAACUAUAUCAGUUUCAUUAGACAUAUAUUUUAUUCCAUCUGUACAUCUAAGUUGUUGGUGAAUUGGAUCAUAGUGGAUAUGCAAAAUAAACGCAAAAGACUAUUUUUCAUUAAAAUAUUCAUAAAGUACAGUCAAUUAAACUUCUCACUUUAAUGUUGUACAUGGUAAGAAAUGAAUUGUUUACCAUUGACUAAUUUAGUGAUCACUCAUAGAAUACAAGUUUUAUGAAUUUAAUUGUAUUUCAGGAAAAAGGUGAAACAUAUUUGGCAUAUAUUAUAUAAACGUUUUGGCAUAAAUAGUUAAUGCUGACAGAUGAUUUUUCUAAUCGCGUGUAACAAAAUAAGAGUAAAAAUAAAGUUAUAUUCUGUUA